AUGGCCCACAGGCCGCGGGAAGUGCUUUCCAAGGUCGAACGUGAUGCGCUUGGAGAACUCAAGGCCGACAAAGACCUGGUAAUCGUGCCAGCGGACAAAGGACGCGCCACAGUUGUACUGGACAGGACAGACUACCUUCAAAAAGUCAAAGGUUUACUGGAGGACCGACAGUUCUAUGUCCCAUGUGCAACGAACCCUGUAAGACCGCUGGCACACGAAAUUAAUGCCACGUUGUUGGCUUUGGAGAACUCAGGUGCAAUAACAUCGACCGACAAACGCCUGGCGAUACCCCAAGAUACGGAUUUGGCCCGAUUCUAUGGCCUCCCUAAGGUGCACAAAGACGGCGCUCCUCUCCAACCCAUCGUGUCGCUCAAAGGGACUCCAACGUACGGACUGGCUAAGUGGCUGUUCCGGCGUCUCAAGUUCCUGACCGAUGAAUCAGACAACACGGUCUUUUCGUCAGUACAAUUCCUGGAGACACUCAAAGGGGUAAGCAUCCAUCCAAAUGAGGUCAUGGUAUCUUUUGAUGUUACAUCCCUUUUUACUUCUAUUCCCCAGGACCUGACGAUCGAGACAAUCCAGCUGCUACUAAAAAGCAAAUACGAUGAAACGGAGAAUCAUCUUGGACGCGCCCAAGUCCUUCAGCUCCUGAAGCUCUGUCUCAGGACGUACUUCACGUUUGACGGGACAAUCUACGGACAGGUGAAGGGCACACCACUGGGUUCGCCGAUUUCGGGAUUCAUCGCCGAGGCGGUCCUGCAACGGUUAGAGUCGCUGGUCUUACAACACCACAAACCGAAGUUCUGGGCCCGGUAUGUGGAUGAUACCUUCGUUGGUAUCGACCGGGAUCAACCGCUGACAUUCAAGGAACGUCUGAAUGCGGUCUUCCCGGACAUACAAUUUACGAUGGAGGAGGAAGAGAACAACCAGUUGGCCUUCCUGGAUGUCCUCGUAUGCCGCAAAGAUUGUGGUGAACUAAAAACCAAAGUGUUCAGGAAAGCGACAAAUACGAUGCAAAUGCUGAACUUCAACAGUAACCACCAAUAA